AUGUCAACUACAAACCUUGCUAAUCCUAUAACGUCUGCUACACUCACUAUCAGAUUAAUAAAGAGUUUCGAGUUCAGAACGACAAAGAAUCUGAUAUUGAAGGGAAUAGAUCUCACUAAUACGACAGUAGAAGAUUUAGUAAAUAUUUGUAAACAAGAGAUUACUACUCAAUCACGUUUCAAGCCGUUCAGAACUGUUGAUCUCAAUUGUAUUAAGUUAUACACACAAGCACACGGACAUAAAACAACUAAUUUAAUUAUUAAUGUAGAUAAUCACCAUUGGAUUAUUGAUAAUUGGUCACAGAAGUUAUCUGAUAUCGAGAUUGAUGAAAACGAGACUGAGCUUAGUUUAUUCAAUAGAGAUCUCUACGAUCAGUUCAUCCAAAAUCCAGAAAUCAAAUGGGAGUAA